AUGGCGGCUCUUUUGGAAUCGGUGCUAUUGGGGAAAGUGGAAACAAGGAAGGCCGUGCAAUGGCUCAAAUAUGGGAAGGAGACCGGUGACAGCGAGUCCCUGGUGAAGUUACAUGUGCCGAGGCAGGCGUUUGUGCCGUUCUUUUUGAACUUCCUGCGGGAGCAGAGCAGCCAUGCCCUCACCAACGGGCCCGCCACACCUGCCAAGACCCCCAGCUCCAGGCCCCUGCGCGGCCCGGGCUUCUCCAGCGAGCGCAGGAGCUGCAGGGUCAGCGGGGCCGGACCUCGGAGUGCCAGCCGGGUACAGCUGUUCUCCCCCGCCCCCUCCAUCUCCCCGGGGAGCGGGGCCGAGUGGGACGCGCCCUCGGGGUCUCUGUGCCUGAGCGGCGUCAGCGCCCUCAGCAGCCCCUCUUUCAGCUCGGCCUGGAGCCCCGCCGCCAGACCACCACCCUCAGAGCGCCGCUCCGCCCAGCGUGCCAGCCUGGGUGACUUCCUGUCCCCCCCGGAUGCGCAGUCCAACCACGCCCCGCAGCGCCGCAGCCGCAGGAGGAGCGGGGGGGCGGGGCCGGCGCAGGGGCGGCCGGCAGGGGGGCGCGGCCUGCACGAAGAGGCGGGGCGGCGGGAGGCGGGGAGGAGGAGCGGCAAGAUGGACACUCCGGUGUCCCCCGCACCCGUCCAGCUCAACUUCAACAACCUGGAGGACUUUCCGCCUGUCGGGGCGUCUCCAGUCUCAUCCGUACAGACUAAACCGUCCCGUCGGAUCAACCCAACGCCGGUCAGUGCAGAACGCCCCCUCUCCAGACCCAAGAGUUGCUUCACCUCCACCCCCUUCCACAAGCCAUCCAGCCCUCCAAUCCCAGAGGGCACUGGGAUGGUACCUGCUGAGGGGUGCUCUUACGGCCUAGAGGAGGAAAGGGAGCUUCUGAGGAGAGAGAAAUCCAAAUUAGCGCAGCAGGCCAGCUCUCCUUUUUCGCCUGCCCAGGAGCCUUGCACCCCCACCAAACCUGGGGGCAGGCCUAGCUCCCGGCUCGCCUGCGACACCCAGAUGUCCUGCCCUGAUGCCUCGAAGGUGACCUUGUCGUCUGCGCUUGACCUGCUGGCACAGCUCUACUGCGCCUGCAUUGCAGAGAACUUGGUACCGAGUGUGUUCCUGGAGCUCUUCUUCGUGCUGCAGCUGCUGACCUCUCGAGCCCCACCCGUUUCUGAGGAGGAUGAUGAAGAGGAGGAGCAGAGGGAGAAGGAGACGAUGCCGGAUGUUCUGGAGAGACGGUACCUUAGAAGUCUGCACAACUGUGUCUACUUUGCUGUCCGAGUGCUGGAGAAUCAGUUUGAGCUGGUGUCCCACCUGGACAGGUGCACUCUGCGGCUCCUGGCAGAGAACGAGAGGGUGGGCUGCUUCUCUCCCGCCCUGCGAGACCGGCUCACCCAGGCCCAGGGCACCAGCACGGCCAAGGUGUCCCCCACCCUCUCACCCUUCAUCCAGUCGGUUCCCUUCCAGCCGGCCACUGAUAACCGCUCCAACUUCUGCAGCGACAAGGCCUUCCACAUCUUCAAAAAGCAAAGGGAUAUAUUCUACGAGCUGCUGCGGGAGUGGGAGGACAGUCAUAAGGAGCCGGGCUGGAACUUUGAGGCAGCGCUAGGCAGCAGGGUCAGAGGGAUGGUGAGUCAGCUGACCGCUGCGGGAAACCACGCCCACUUUGCACGGCUCUUCCAGAAGCAGCUUGUCCAGAUGUGCAAGGGUCCUCGGAUGAUGGGGUCCCCCAGUGACGCACCUGACCCCGACAUCGUGGGCAUGCUGGGAGCGGACAGCCUGGGCCGUCUGAAACGCCUGCAGGAGCGGCUCAUCCAGCCCCAGGGUCUCACGGGCCCCUGCCCCCCACCCUCCUUCCCCGGGUACCAGGAGUUCUUCAGGGAUUUCCUGCAGACAGCCAGCAGCUGUCAGCUGAACCAGCACUUGACGGACAGCCUGUGUCAGCAGCUCCUCCAGCUGGACGAGGUGGCCAUCCUGGGACUGGACGGACCACAGGGAGAGGGCGAGGGAGAAGGGGAUAUGGAGCGGCAGGAUGAGAAGCAGCGGUUCUGCUCUGUGCUUCUUACGGCCCGGCUCCUGGCCAAGUUCCUCGGCUUCAUCUCAUUCCUGCCGUACCAGACCUCUGAGCCCCCAGCCAGGGAGAUCCAGGAGUCUUCUAUUGCCAUCCGCAGUAAGACCUCUCCGGUUCUGGAUGUCUGUAGAGUGCUACACAGCUGUCUGCGCAGACGGCGCACCGUGCUGACGGUCCCCUGGGUGGUGGAGUUCCUCUCCAUGAUGGAUUUCGCUGGACCCUUCCUGCUCUGCUACAGAACUGCCCUCUGCGUGCUGCUGCGCCUCUACAGGCGAAUGGUGCUGGGCCAGGAAGGUGAAGUGUGUUAUCUGAACCAGUUGCUGAUCGUGGCUGUGCUGGGCUGGCUCUUCCAGAUUCCUGUGUUUCCGGAGGAUCUGUUCUUCACUAGUGAUGUGGAGGAGGACACUGAGGAGGUGGAAAAGCACACUGCUUCCCAGGGGCUAGACUGCCUCCCCCUGGUGGACCAGCAGCUUCUCUACACCUGCUGUCCUUACCUGAGCGAGUUCCGCAAACUGCUUGCUGCCUUUGUUGCGGGAAGCACAGCCAAGAACGGGGGCCUUAUCCGAAAGAUCACGCCUACCUCUGCUGAGCCCCAGGGUCCGCCCACCACAAGGUCACACCAGAAACUGCAGGUGGAGCUGGAGCAGGCCUUCUUCCAUAACCAGCCUCCAUCCCUGCGUCGCACUGUAGAGUUUGUGGCCGAAAGGGUCGCAUCCAACUGUGUCAAGCACAUCAAGGCCACCCUGGUUUCGGAGCUGGUGUGCAGCGGAGAGAAGAUGCUGAGGGGGGGGCUGGGCUCGGAUGAUGUCAGCGUGCUGAAGCUGAAUGACUCCGUGUGCGCACAGCUGUGUGACAGGGGCAGGCAGGCACUGGAGCGGGGCACCAGGUUCUGCAGAGAGAAGGGCCCUGAGGCCAUCCGAGUCCUCCUGCCUGAGGAAACCUCACCUGCUGUUCUCACCACAUCUGAAAAUAUCACUGUGCGUCUGGCCACUGAGAAGGCGUGCGGCUGGCUGUCCUCCAAUAUCACAGCCCUGAUUAAGCGAGAGUGGAAGACUGCGUUUGAUCGUGUGAUGAAGACUCUGCCUGCCGCCCCACCUUUGACUGGUGAAGGUGAGGGAUCUCAGGUGGCAACCGUGAGACAACAGGCCACUCCUCAAGGAGCCAGCCAAGGGGAGGACACAAGAUCUGUGUGCCCCAAAGACUGUACCCACAGUGCCACUCUGCCAUCAAACAUCAUCAUAGAGAUCAAGGAGGUGUUAAGCAUCACUGUAGGUCCCAGGUCAGAAGGGGAGCGGCUGAGCUUUCAACAGCUUGAGGAUCUGCUGCGGAGACUGGGAGACACUCUGAGCUGCAGGAAGUUCCUGUCCCCAGUGCCUGAGCAAAUGCUGCUGCGCUGUACUGUUCUGCUGGCCAGCAGGCUGGUGUCUGGGGAGCUGCCCCUGCUUGACCCACUUGAGUGUCCUGGGACCGACGAGUCUGGCACAGGCAGAGGCAGCCCCGUUAGGGCCCUUCUUGAUCAGCUGGUUAACAUGUGGGUGCAAGAGAUGUGUCCUCCAGCACCCCUUCACCUGCUUUUUACAGACCCCUCACUGACUGCUGUCCUCUCCCCUAGCUGCAUACAGAACUUCCUGUACCUGGUUGGACAGCUGCUGGAGAAGGGACUGCUGAAAAAGGAAGAGGUGUCGUCACAUUGGAACAACCUGUCAAAGCUGACCUGGCCAACCGGCUCAAUGGAGAGGAUCCAAGAGUUCUCCUCCUCUCUAUCAUUCCCUCCACCCCAGAUCCACAGAGAUGUCCUGCAGAGCUCAGAGUAACCAGCAGGGGGAGUAAGGUGACAAGAAAGGAGUUAGGAACUGAAACCAUUGACCUGUCUGUGGAUGAGAUGCCUGUUGUCCUAGAGGUGUAACAUCCCAUUUGCACUCAGACAGGCAGAGUUAUGUAUUCAUCUGACCUGUGCCACAGGUAUGGCCAGCUCCAUCUCUCCAUCACUAGAAAGCACUUGCGCAUCUCGUUAACUUAGCCGUGAAGGACCUGGAAUCGGUCAGCGACUCCCCCCACAUUAUGUCUUGAAGUGAGGAUAUAAACCAGAAACUUACGCUACUCCAGAAGACUUGAUUGGCCUUGUUCCCGUGAACACAGUGGCCUUGCUCUGUGGCUUUGGUUUGGAAUUCCAACUAAAGAUUAAU